AAAACCCUCUCAUCCUCUCCUCUCAGCUCUGCUCUCUCCAGUCUACAGGCUCUGUCAGCUGGAAGUCACGUGACCAGGAGCCUAGCCACACUGAGCAUGUGCACACCAGGCUGUGUUGUCAGGCAAAAUAAGAAGGCAGAAGGACUGGAGAUCUGCGAUAGAUAAAACACUGCGCAAGCUAGCGAGAGAGAGAGAGAGAGAGAGAGAGAGAGAGAGAAAUAUCCCUGCUUCUGGAGAAGAGUAGUUGAACAAAGCAAGGUGCUAGGUCUUGGUGAUUGAAGAAUAAACACAGACAAUCUCCUCUAUUCAUCUGGCACCUUCUGAGUUGGCAGUUGCUGUGAAGCAGAGGUUGCCACGGAAACAGCAAAGACUGGAGCCUAGCAUCUGAUGUGAGGCCUGCAAAUUUCCUGGAUUGCUGUCCUACUCUUCACCCAUUGUAGCCGGAAUGGACGGGAGCAGCCUAGUCCUGUCUCAGCAACACCUAUGAAAUGAUUGAGUGCCGCAGGUUAAUGUGAGGGUGUUGGCUUGCUCGCAUUCUCAAUGCUGAGGCUAUCCUGUCAAUCUCUAUGUCUGCAGGACAUUAAAGGCCAGUACUGGACCGACGAGGAUUCCGAUGGAGACAAUGACUCGGAGUUCCUGUACGGAAUCCAGGGGAGCUGUGCUGCAGACCUGUACAGACAUCCCCAGCUGGACGCGGACAUCGAGGCCGUGAAGGAGAUCUACACUGACACUGCCCUCUCUGUCAGGGAGUAUGGAACCAUUGACGAUGUGGACAUCGACCUGCAAAUUAACAUCAGUUUCCUGGAUGAGGAGGUGGCGACUGCAUGGAAGGUGAUUAGAACGGAACCAAUCAUUGUGCGCCUUCGUUUCUCUCUGUCCCAGUACCUCGAUGGACCAGAGCCAUCAGUGGAAGUGUUCCAGCCAUCCAACAAGGAGGGAUUCAGUUUGGGGCUGCAGUUGAAAAAGAUCCUGGGCAUGUUCACCUCUCAGCAGUGGAAGCACCUGAGCAAUGAUUUCCUGAAGAGCCAGCAGGAGAAGAGGCACAGCUGGUUCAAGGCAGGGGGCACCAUCAAGAAGUUCAGAGCCGGACUCAGUAUAUUCUCCCCCAUCCCAAAGUCUCCCAGUUUCCCUCUCCUCCAGGACUCUGUGUUAAAGGGGAAGCUGGGUGUGCCGGAGCUGCGUGUGACAAGGCUCAUGAACCGCUCCAUCUCCUGUACCAUAAAGAACCCCAAGGGGGAGCUCUUCAGCUACCCCCCAAGCAGCCAGAGCGUGUCUGUUCCAGCCACCAGGCCUCCCCCGCAGAUUACCACGAAGCAGCUGAUUGAAUUGUUUUUCUCAUCCCAGGCGGGCGGACACUGCAAGAACAUCCCUACCCUGGAGUACGGCUUCCUUGUGCAGAUUAUGAAGUAUGCGGAGCAGCGCAUCCCCACUCUCAAUGAAUACUGCGUGGUGUGUGAUGAGCAGCAUGUCUUUCAGAACGGAUCCAUGCUAAAGCCAGCGGUGUGCACCAGGGAGCUGUGCGUCUUCUCCUUCUACACGCUGGGGGUCAUGUCCGGAGCAGCUGAGGAAGUAGCCACUGGAGCAGAGGUGGUUGACCUGUUAGUUGCCAUGUGCAGAGCGGCGCUGGAGUCGCCCCGGAAGAGCAUCAUCUUUGAGCCCUACCCUUCUGUGGUCGACCCCAACGACCCCAAGACCUUGGCCUUCAAUCCCAAGAAGAAGAACUAUGAGCGUCUGCAGAAGGCUCUGGACAGUGUGAUGUCUAUCCGGGAGAUGACACAGGGCUCGUAUUUGGAGAUUAAGAAACAGAUGGACAAGCUGGACCCCUUAGCCCACCCUCUGCUCCAGUGGAUCAUAUCAAGCAACAGAUCCCACAUCGUCAAGCUGCCACUGAGCAGGCAACUCAAGUUCAUGCACACCUCUCACCAGUUCCUGUUGCUAAGCAGCCCCCCCGCAAAGGAAGCUCGUUUCCGGACCGCCAAGAAGCUGUAUGGUAGCACCUUCGCCUUCCAUGGUUCCCAUAUUGAGAACUGGCACUCCAUUCUGAGAAAUGGACUAGUCAAUGCGUCUUAUACCAAACUGCAGCUGCACGGGGCAGCGUACGGGAAGGGCAUCUAUCUCAGCCCCAUCUCCAGUAUAUCAUUUGGAUACUCAGGGAUGGGGAAGGGGCAGCACCGCAUGCCUUCGAAAGACGAGCUAGUUCAGCGCUACAACAGGAUGAACACCAUCCCACAGAGUCGCCCGAUCCAGUCCAGAUUCCUGCAGAGCCGCAAUUUAAACUGCAUAGCGCUUUGUGAAGUCAUAACGUCAAAAGACCUGCAGAAGCACGGGAAUAUUUGGGUGUGCCCCGUGUCAGACCAUGUCUGCACAAGAUUCUUCUUUGUAUAUGAAGAUGGCCAAGUGGGAGAUGCCAAUAUCAAUACUCAGGAGCCUAAAAUCCAGAAGGAGAUCAUGCGUGUGAUCGGGACUCAUGUCUACUCCAGCUGAGGGAGGGGCAGGGGAUGAGACAGGGAGAGGGCAGCUACUACACUGAGGAAACAAGAACACGACCAGCUCCACUCCCCCAGGCUCAGCAUUGUGAUCAGCUCCACUCCCCUGGGCUCAGCAUUGUGAUCAGCUCCACUCCCCUGGGCUCAGCAUUGUGAUCAGCUCCACUCCCAGCCCAGCUCAGCAUUGUGAUCAGCUCCACUCCCCCAGGCUCAGCAUUGUGAUCAGCUCCACUCCCCUGGGCUCAGCAUUGUGAUCAGCUCCACUCCCCCGGGCUCAGCAUUGUAAUUAGCUCCACUCCCCUGGGCUCAGCAUUGUGAUCAGCUCCACUCCCCAGGGCUCAGCAUUGUGAUCAGCUCCACUCCCCCAGGCUCAGCAUUGUGAUCAGCUCUACUCUCAGCCCAGCUCAGCAUUGUGAUCAGCUCCACUCCCCCAGGCUCAGCAUUGUGAUCAGCUCCACUCCCCCGGGCUCAGCAUUGUGAUCAGCUCCACUCCCCCGGGCUCAGCAUUGUCAUCAGCUCCACUCCCCCAGGCUCAGCAUUGUGAUCAGCUCCACUCCCAGCCCAGCUCAGCAUUGUGAUCAGCUCCACUCCCAGCCCAGCUCAGCAUUGUGAUCAGCUCCACUCCCAGCUGAGCUCAGCAUUGUGAUCAGCUCCACUCCCACAAGCUCAGCAUUGUGAUCAGCUCCACUCCCACAAGCUCAGCAUUGUGAUCAGCUCCACUCCCCCGGGCUCAGCAUUGUGAUCAGCUCCACUACCAGCUGAGCUCUGCAUUGUGAUCAGCUCCACUCCCAGCCCAGCUCAGCAUUGUGAUCAGCUCCACUCCCCAGGGCUCAGCAUUGUGAUCAGCUCCACUCCCCCGGGCUCAGCAUUGUGAUCAGCUCCACUCCCAGCUGAGCUCUGCAUUGUGAUCAGCUCCACUCCCAGCCCAGCUCAGCAUUGUGAUCAGCUCCACUCCCCAGGGCUCAGCAUUGUGAUCAUUUCCACUCCCCAGGGCUCAGCAUUGUGAUCAGCUCCACUCCCCCAGGCUCAGCAUUGUGAUCAGCUCCACUCCCAGCCCAGCUCAGCAUUGUGAUCAGCUCCACUCCCAGCCCAGCUCAGCAUUGUGAUCAGCUCCACUCCCGAGGGCUCAGCAUUGUCAUCAGCUCCACUCCCACAAGCUCAGCAUUGUGAUCAGCUCCACUCCCAGCCCAGCUCAGCAUUGUGAUCAGCUCCACUCCCCCGGGCUCAGCAUUGUGAUCAGCUCCACUCCCCCAGGCUCAGCAUUGUGAUCAGCUCCACUCCCAGCCCAGCUCAGCAUUGUGAUCAGCUCCACUCCCCAGGGCUCAGCAUUGUGAUCAGCUCCACUCCCCCGGGGUCAGCAUUGUCAUCAGCUCCACUCCCAGCUGAGCUCUGCAUUGUGAUCAGCUCCACUCCCAGCCCAGCUCAGCAUUGUGAUCAGCUCCACUCCCCAGGGCUCAGCAUUGUGAUCAGCUCCACUCCCCAGGGCUCAGCAUUGUGAUCAGCUCCACUCCCCCGGGCUCAGCAUUGUGAUCAGCUCCACUCCCACAAGCUCAGCAUUGUGAUCAGCUCCACUCCCAGCCCAGCUCAGCAUUGUGAUCAGCUCCACUCCCCCGGGCUCAGCAUUGUGAUCAGCUCCACUCCCACAAGCUCAGCAUUGUGAUCAGCUCCACUCCCACAAGCUCAGCAUUGUGAUCAGCUCCACUCCCAGCCCAGCUCAGCAUUGUGAUCAGCUCCACUCCCCCGGGCUCAGCAUUGUGAUCAGCUCCACUCCCCAGGGCUCAGCAUUGUGAUCAGCUCCACUCCCCCAGGCUCAGCAUUGUGAUCAGCUCCACUCCCACAAGCUCAGCAUUGUGAUCAGCUCCACUCCCAGCCCAGCUCAGCAUUGUGAUCAGCUCCACUCCCCCGGGCUCAGCAUUGUGAUCAGCUCCACUCCCCCAGGCUCAGCAUUGUAAUCAGCUCCACUCCCAGCCCAGCUCAGCAUUGUGAUCAGCUCCACUCCCACAAGCUCAGCAUUGUGAUCAGCUCCACUCCCAGCCCAGCUCAGCAUUGUCAUCAGCUCCACUCCCCCAGGCUCAGCAUUGUCAUCAGCUCCACUCCCCCAGGCUCAGCAUUGUGAUCAGCUCCACUCCCCCAGGCUCAACAUUGUGAUCAGCUCCACUCCCAGCCCAGCUCAGCAUUGUGAUCAGCUCCACUCCCCUGGGCUCAGCAUUGUGAUCAGCUCCACUCCCCCGGGCUCAGCAUUGUGAUCAGCUCCACUCCCCCAGGCUCAGCAUUGUGAUCAGCUCCACUCCCAGCCCAGCUCAGCAUUGUGAUCAGCUCCACUCCCCCGGGCUCAGCAUUGUGAUCAGCUCCACUCCCCCGGGCUCAGCAUUGUCAUCAGCUCCACUCCCCCAGGCUCAGCAUUGUGAUCAGCUCCACUCCCCCAGACUCAGCAUUGUGAUCAGCUCCACUCCCAGCCCAGCUCAGCAUUGUGAUCAGCUCCACCCCAGCCCAGCUCAGCAUUGUGAUCAGCUCCACUCCCCCAGACUCAGCAUUGUGAUCAGCUCCACUCCCCCCGGGCUCAGCAAUGUAAUCAGCUCCACUCCCCCGGGCUCAGCAUUGUCAUCAGCUCCACUCCCCCAGGCUCAGCAUUGUGAUCACAGCACAAAGACCAGCUCUCUAUCCUGCAGCCACAGACUAAGAGAGGUGACAGAGAGCCCAAACCCUGCUGUUCCCCAGGGUCUCGCACCAGGUGAAAGUAGAACAACAUGAACAGCAACUAGGGGCAGGUUGCUUGCAAUGCCUUCCUUAAAACAGCUACUUGGGAACAUUAUAUUCUAUAAGGACUUGCUUGAAACUUCUGUGCCAUUUCUAAACGACUGGAUUUUUUCAGGUUUGUCACCAUGAUGAGUUUCUACUGCGUGCCACUAUGUGUUCCCUAGCUGGCGUCUUUCUAGUGUGUGCCGCAGUGUUCCCUAGCUGGCGUUGUGCCCUGUCGAUUACAGGCCUGUUUCAGGAGGCAGGUUUGUUCAUUCAGAAGCUUUAGGACUCUGGCAGUGUGAAGCGCUACUUUUCACUAACCUUGGAUCUGUUUCAGACAGCAGGGUCUGCAUAUCCCUUUCACUUAUAGUAAUCCAGCUGGGGUUUCCCCUCAAUUAACAUUACAAAAUACAAUAUUCUGGAAAGAUGUUUUCAGUGGGGCAGGUUCGCAAGCUUUAUGGCAGCAGUGUUGAGAUCUGCUUCUGUUUAGAUCAUUAAAGACAACUGUCAUCUCCUGACUGAUUCAAAUGACACCCCAAUCACAAAGAUUAUUGUAGUAACUGGAAAGAAAGUAAAAACAUUUUUUUUACUGAUGUUUUCAAUCGAUCUGAGUAGUCUUUUCUUUUAUUAUUUUAUUGCCUGAGGGUGGUGCGUUGAGGUUUUUUUUUUUUUAUUGCCUGCUUGGAAUCCAUAUUCUGGUUAGUGACGGCUACAAGCAGACAUGUCUAAAGUAUUACUCCAAUAAAUACAGCAGUGCUGGGACACAUUUUAAAAUAUUCAAACAAACACUGCGUGAAAUGGCAAAAAUCACCUUGUGUGUAUUCUUAUUCCAGAAUUUAUAAAUGUUUGUAUUAAAAAGAUAUCAUGCAAUGGAAACACAUGAUGUUUCCCUUAGGUCAUUUAAUUGGGUACUUUACUCCUGAGAGAUUUAUACUUUCAAUUUCCAGCUAAUGGAGAAUAAAAGAAAGUUUGAUUAUUCCAUUAAACUCAUGUUCGUCCCAGAACUAAAAUCCAGGAGCGCUAAUGGCAGCCACAGGACAGUUUCUAACGACCGGAAUAGGCCAUUUUAUUUCAAAUUCCUGUCAUAUUUAAAGAGAUUGGCAAUAUAGCUACAGUGCAGCACUACAGUAUGGCACUGUCACAAAGACGGCCAGAGUGGGUUGCGUCAGACCAGACAGGAAUUCAAACACACAGACAGACGGUGGUGAUGAGCUGAGUGCAAUGGCUGCACUCAGCGUUUAUUAACAAAUAAAAGGUUUUAAACGGUACACAAAACACAGGACACGGCACUUGUAGCCAAAAAAAAAAGACAGACAAAACGGACUAACACUAAACAAACGGUGCACGGAGAGACAAACAAACACGGUGAGAACAAACACUUUACGUUUACUUUUAAUGAUUUUAACUCUCCUCUCUCUCUCUCUCUCUCUCUCUCUCUCUCUCUCUCUCUCUCUCUCUCUCUCUCUC